UCAGUUGGUGGUGGGGUUUACUUGUGUUGAACCAAUCUUGCUGGUGAAAUCAUUGUGUUUAUAACAGUGGUAUAUAUUGUGUUGUGUGUAAAUCAAUUGGGUAUAUUUUGUGUUGUGUUAUUAGGAGAACUGUGAAGAUAACCUACAGGCGAUUACUAAUAAGAAUCAAUUGGUGGUGGGGUUUACUUGUGUUGAACCAAUCUUGCUGGUGAAAUCAUUGUGUUUAUAACAGUGGUAUGUGUUGUGUGUAAAUCAAUUGGGUAUAUUUGGUGUUGUGUUAUUAGGAGAACUGUGAAGAUAACCUACAGAACAAAUUAAGAAUGCCUUCUACCACUAGUGAAGAAUGCGAUAGUGAAAAGAAAAAGGGUCUUGCUGAGAGAUUGAACGAAGUUGUUUUGUGUCGUAAGAAAGAGAUAGUUAUACUCAUGAAACUGUUCUGUGUUGAAGAUGAGAUGUCACCAAGCUCUGUCUUCAUAAAUGGAAACACAGCAACAGGGAAGUCAUACUUGGUACAAAAAUUCCUUUCCCUUGGUAAAUUUCAUCACAGUUACAUCAACUGCAUCGAAUGUUUUACCUCAAAACUGCUUUACCAAACUAUCCUAAAGGAUGUUGGGUUGGAUAUUAGUAAAGCAUGCAGUACAAUGACAGAUUUCUGCAGACUUUUGAAGCAAGCAACAGUAUUUGAGAACAAUCAGAACAAGUUCUUUAUUGUUUUUGACCAAGCUGAACGCUUACGAACUAUGGAUCAACAUCUUCUACCUGCGUUUUUACGUUUGUCGGAAUUAACUUCUUUGAAUAUUUGUGUGGUGCUCAUCAGUGGUAUUGUCUUUGAGAAGUUCUUGACUACGUCUGGUUUGUAUGAGCCUUUUAAAGUUCAUUUCAGUGAUUACACCAAAGUUGAGUUAGAAACCAUUAUGGCAUUAGAUUGUCCUAAAGAAAAAACGAAAGAGUUUUAUUCGACAUAUUGUCAUAUUAUCUUGGAUGUGUUUUUCAGCAUUUGUAGAGAUCUGAAUGAAUUACGACAUCUUGCAAUCAUCAAUUUUUCAAAGUAUUGCGAACCAAUAACGAACGGUGAAAUUCAAGAACACGAAGUACGAAAGUUAUGGCAAUGCAUUGUUCCACACUUGCGGAAAACUCUACAAAAAGUUUAUCUGCGUGAAGUGCCCAGUUCACAGUGGGAGAAAAUGCAACAAGUGAAAGUUCAUAGCGAUAAACCAGCCGCGCAAGUAGAGCUACCAUAUUACUCAAAAUAUCUCCUUCUUGCUGCUUAUUUUGCUUCCUAUAAUCCCGCCACUACAGAUCGUAGGUAUUUCGCCAAGAGAACGAUGGGGAAGCUCAGUAACAAGGCAAAAUCUUCAAUUAAAGCCGCGAAAAAAGUUGAUAAGAAGUUCUUAGGCCCAAAGGUCUUUUCAAUAGAUCGUCUAAUGGCCAUAUUUUACAGCAUCGCAGAAGGUGGCGCGAGUACAUCAUCAAAUAUUUUGUCUCAGUUAUCCACGUUGAUCACGUUAAACUUGCUUACCAAAGCUUCGGCAGAUGAUCAAAUAGAUGUGCCCAAAUACAAAUGCGUUAUUCCGUUAGAAUUAGCAAUUUCUGUGGGCAAGCAAGUCGAGUUAGAUGUUGUACAAUACUUGCACGAUACGUAAACUACGGUAACCGAAAUUCCAAAGUUAGGAAAUGAUACUACGAAAGGAUGCAGCGAAAUUUGUUCGUUACUAGCUUGUGUUGAUUUACAGGUACUUAAUAUUUGUAAUUUCAGAGUGAUAGAAACUUAAUGAAGUAAGUUAUGUUGCUCAAGUAACUUAAAUAUAAAGAAGACAAAGAGCCCAAUUUCUA